AUGUCACUGAGAGAAGCCUGCUCCACAGGUUGUAUCCGGUUGUUAGAUUGGAUAUGGAUAUCGAGCUGUACUUCAGUAGCUGACAGAGUUCCCCACUGGACGCUCACGAACUAUCUGCGAUCGGAUCGUUACUACUACCACUACCAAUUCACGAAAUCGCUGGAGGUGGCAGCAAAUCGAGGCGACUUGGAGGUUGUGAAGUGGCUGGUUGUCCACUUCUCUGGAUGUGAAGCGCCUGCUAGCGUUGUUGGCGCAGCUGUGAUCAAGGGUCAUCUGUCGGUUGUGAAGUAUCUGUGGGUUCACUGUCGGUAUAUCAGCGCCGAAUGUAACAAGAAGAGGAAGGUUGUUGACGAUAAGGGACAGGUUCUUGCUGAAAAACGAUCCGAAGAGUUAAUUAAGCACAACGCAGCUGGAAACAGAGUCUGUUGGGGGGAUCGUAUCGUACUGCUUGCUGCUGAACAUGGACAUUUUGAUAUGACUGUGGAUAUCUACGACGAAACGAAGAGGCAGCAGCAAGUGCAAUAA